UUAAGAAGAAGCAGAUGCAGUAGCAGUAGCAGACGUCUUAUCGUCACAAGUCUAGACGAACUGACGCUGACAAUAACUGAGAUGAAAAUAGGAAUAGGGGCCCUUUGAAGCGGUAUAACUACCGGAAACGUGUAGCUGAUGGCAGUAUGAGAUCAAAUGAGGACAUGGACUCCACCAGUGAUCUGAAGAAGAGUAAUGUCAACCACAGACACACUGAUAUCAGACGUGUUAGUUGUACCACUCCUGAAAGUGAAGGUCCAGUUCCCAGAUGCAUGGACUGGGAGCGUGAAGUGGAGACUGACGAAAUGUGCUCAAGCGUCUGUUGUGACAUGCAACGUUGCAGGAGGAGGACACUGGUAACAGAGUUUGGUCCAAGGGAACGGAAGAAUUCUUCAGGGAGCUCCGAUUCCAGAGACUCUCCAGUCCCUGGUGAGGUCAUGGAGGAGGAUGAGGAAGUCCUGAUGAGGAGGCAGAAACAGAUCACAUAUGGGAAGAACACACUCGCCUACGACAGAUACAUAAAGGAAGUACCCAAGCACUUGAGGCAGCCAGGAGUUCAUCCUAAAACUCCUAACAAGUUUAAGAAAUACAGCCGGCGCUCAUGGGACCAGCAGAUUAAAUUGUGGAAGGUGAAGAUUCACGCGUGGGACCCCCCAGCCCAGGAGGGCAGUGAGCUGCAGGCCAUAUAUGAGGUUGACUUGGAUGAUGUAAUGGAUAUUGAGCUUGACUUCCCUGAGCUGGAUUCCGGCUCAAGCGCACAGCCUCCUAAAGUCAGCAAGGCCUCUUCGUCUCAAGCAGACUCUUGCCAAGUCACUCGCAAGAUGAUGAAAAUGGAUACAUCAGUUGACCUUGAAAUGGCCUAAAUGUCCUUGGUGGUUGAGAGGAUGAUGUGGAAAGGCCUGGGGUAUUGAUUUCCCCCAACACCAUGUUUGAAAUGGAUGCAUCCACCAGUGAUCACCUCCUUUUGUUGGAAUGCAUGUUCUGGUAAAGAGACAUGCCUCAGACCCAUUCUCAGCUGUCUUUCGACAGCUAUCACCCAGCAGGGAAAAGAUUAUUCAAUGCUUAAAAUACCAGGACAAAUUGAUGAUAGAUUGAAUUCAAGUCAGUGACCUGAAUUGUGUAUAUCACUUUUUUAAAAUUGUGUUGUGAAUGCUUGCAUUGUAUUUUAUAGUUGAUUACCUUGUAUGCUGAGAACAUCUUUAUUGUGAGUAGUUGAAAUGUUUUUGUUCAAUUAUAUAUUUUUUAUAUAUAAACUUUGAAUACAAUGUUGUACUAUAUUUUCUUAGGCUUUCAAAAAACAUGUUGACAUUGGGAUUUCUAUCAGCAGGUAAAACAUAAUAAUAAUGGGACAUAAUGCCUCAAGCUUUUAUUUUUCUGGAUAUGCUUUUUCUGCUUCCUAACUGGCUUGUAGCUGAGACAUGCAGAGGAUGUUAUUAGUUUUUAUACUACAUUUGUGUUGCUGUAUUUUUAUUUAUUUUUAAAUGAGAUUUGGUAGCUAGGAUUGAUUUGAUUUAAAGGUUUGGGAGUGAAGUGUAGGCCAGGAGCAUGGAUGAGCAUAGGAUCACUGUGGAUGAGUGCCAUAAUUCUAUGCUUUAUUAAGCAUAACAAGGGACGCCCUAUUUUGUUCUGUUUGAAUCGCAUGCUGGAUAGCUAGCUACUACAGUGAGAGGAAAAUGUAUUUGAUCCCCUGCUGAUUUUGUACGUUUGCCCACUGACAAAGAACUGAUCAGUCUAUAAUGUUGAUGGUUGGUUUAUUUGAACAGUGAGAGACAACAAAAAUCCAGAAAACGCAUGUCAAAAAUGUUAUAAAUUGAUUUGCAUUUUAAUGAGGGGAAAUAAGUAUUUGACCCCUCUGCAAAACAUGACUUAGUACUUGGUGGCAAAACCCUUGGUGGCAAAACCCUUGUUGGCAAUCAGGUCAGGUGUUUCUUGUAGUUGGCCACCAGGUUUGCACACAUCUCAGGGGGAAUUUUGUCCCACUCCUCUUUGCAGAUCUCCAAGUCAUUAAGGUUUCGAGGCUGACGUAUGGCAUCUCAAGCCUUCAGCUUUUCUAUGGGAUUAAGGUCUCGAGACUGGCUAGGCCACUCCAGGACCUUAAUGUACUUCUUCUUGAGCUACUCCUUUGUUGCCUUGGCCGUGUGUUUUGGGUCAUUGUCAUGCUGGAAUAUUCAUCCACGACCCAUUUUCAAUGCCCUGGCUGAGGGAAGGAGGUUCUCACCCACAAUUUGACGGUACAUGGCCCCGUCCAUCGUCCCUUUGAUGCGGUGAAGCUGUCCUGUCCCCUUAGCAGAAAAGCACCCCCAAAGCAUAAUGUUUCUACCUCCAUGUUUGACGGUGGGGAUGGUGUUCUUGGGGGUCAUAGGCAGCAUUCCUCCUCCAAACACGGCGAGUUGAGUUGAUGCCAAAGAGCUCCAUUUUGGUGUCAUCUGACCACAACACUUGUCCUCUGAAUCAUUCAGCUGUUCAUUGGCACACUUCAGACGGGCAUGUAUAUGUGCUUUCUUGAGCAGGAGGACCUUGCGGGUGCUGCAGGAUUUCAGUCCUUCACUGCGUAGUGUGUUACCAAUUGUUUUCUUGGUGACUAUGGUCCCAGCAGUUGCCUUGAGAUCAUUGACAAGAUCAUCCCGUGUAGUUCUGGGCUGAUUCGUUCUCAUGAUCACCGUUCUCAUGAUCAUUGCAACUCCACGAAGUGAGAUCUUGCAUGGAGCCCCAGGCCGAGGGAGAUUGACCGUUUUGUGUUUCUUCCAUUUGCGAAUAAUCACACCAACUGUUGUCACCUUCUCACUAAACUGCUUGGCGAUGGUCUUGUAACCCAUUCCAGCUGUGUGUAGGCCUACAAUAUUGUCCCUGACAUCCUUGGAGAGCUCUAAUUAAAAUGCAAAUCAAUUUAUAACAUUUUUGACAUGCAUUUUUCUUGAUUUCUUUUUUUGUUAUUCUGUCUCACUGUUCAAAAUAACCUACCAUUAAAAUUAUAGACUGAUCAUUUCUUUGUCAGUGGGCAAAUGUACAAAAUCAGCAGGGUAUCAAAUACUUUUUUUCCCCUCGCUGUAUGCUAUUAAUGAACGGUCAGUGUUAUCUGGGUAGGGACGUCAAACAUUUGUACACCCCCUCAUAAAAUGUAAUCAUUAUUCCCACUAUAAAUAACUUUAGCAAC